UCCCUCAUCCCGCCAAACCCGCGCCUACCGCCCCUCAUGCAUCGCGUCGGCUUCGGGGCCAUUUUCGCCGGCGCCGGCUACGUUGUCUCGUGCGGCGACACGCGCAAUGGGAGCGGUAUCACGACAGCGUGGUCGCUCACGUACCUCUUCCUCAACCUCCGCAAGUCUUUGCUCACUGCCCGCCAUCCGCUUUCUCUGGUGCUCACUGCUGCAACAUUGGCGUCAUCUACGGUGUACGGUAGCGAGUACUUCCUCCUGCAAGAAAAAGACGAGACAUAG